AUGUCGGGUGUCUCGUCUCGGCUAGCAAGUCUGCUCGCCCAUGUUAAGCCAGGGUCAACCCCAGCGCCGUUGGAACACAGCUUCAAUCGCCAUACCCUAUCUCCAACAUUCUUCCUGCCCCGCGCGGCAGCUAUCGAGCCCGAUGCUGAAGCAAUCUAUCAUGUCACUGCAGAUAAUCAAAUACUCCGCCGAUCGUACAGAGAGACUGCGGAGCGAGCGAGUGGUUUCGCAUACUACUUGAAGAAGCAUGGCUAUGCUAGAGUGGGUAUUCUUGCGCCUAACACCCCUGCCUUUUUGGAGUCGAUCUUUGGUAUCGCAGCCGCAGGGUUGAUCAAUGUUGCUGUCAAUUACCGCUUGAAGGGGGAAGACAUUGCAUACAUUUUUGAACAUGGCGGUGUGGAUAUCAUCCUUGUGGACAAGGAGUUUGAACCUCUGCUCAAGACAUACCGCGCGCAAAAUCCCAAUGUUCCUUUCUUGGUAGAUGAUGAUAAAUUCAGUGAACCCUGGAAGCCAAUUGGAAAUUUUGGGGCUGCUAUACAGGAAGGCUGGGAUUACGACAAAGAGGUUGGAGGCCACGGGUGGGCCGGGCUGGAGGCGCAGGCCGCGGACGAGGAGUCGAUUAUCGCGCUCGCAUACACUAGCGGAACAACCGCCCGACCAAAAGGAGUGGAAUACACGCACCGAGGUUGCUACUUAGCGGCCGUAGGUAACCUUAUCGAGUCGGGUCUAAAUUUCCAUUCUGGGCGCGCCAAGUAUCUCUGGACAUUGCCCAUGUUCCAUGCUAUGGGAUGGACUUUUCCAUGGGCUGUGACCGCAGCUCGAGGCACUCAUUACUGUCUGCGGAAGAUUGACUACCCAAUGAUUUGGCGCCUCCUCAAGGAAGAGAAGGUCACUCAUUUCAAUGCAGCACCGACCGUGAACACUCUCCUCUGCAAUGACCCAAACGCGGAGAAGCUGUCGCACUAUGUCCGCGUCACAGUGGCUGCUAGCCCGCCAACACCUCAUCUGUUUGAGCAAAUGACAAAUCUAAACCUUCACCCAGUGCAUGUCUAUGGCAUGACUGAGACUUAUGGUCCUAUCACCAAAGGCUAUCACCUGCCACAGUGGGAAGACCUUCCGUUGAAAGAAAAGUAUCAGAAAAUGGCACGACAGGGACACGGAUUCAUAACCAGUCUCCCUGUCCGGGUCAUCAAGACGGAAGUUCCCGAGGGAACUGUCACAGAUGUUCAGAAAGACGGCAAAGAGAUCGGCGAGAUUGUUUUUGUGGGGAAUAUCUGUGCCCGUGGAUACUACAAGGACCCAGAAGCUACUCGCAAGCUCUUUGCCGGCGGUGUGCUACACUCUGGUGACUUGGCUGUCUGGCACCCGGAUGGCGCAAUUCAAAUCCUUGAUCGAGCGAAGGAUAUCAUUAUCAGCGGUGGCGAGAAUAUCUCGUCUGUUGCCCUUGAAUCUAUGCUGGCUACUCAUCCUGACAUCCUCGAAGUUGGUGUAGUCUCCGUCCCUGACAGCCACUGGGGCGAGCGUCCCAAGGCUUUUGUGACUGUCAAGUCUAGUAAGACACUCGAGGGCAAGGACGUAAUUGCCUGGGCCCGGAAUGUGAGUGGGAUCAGCAAGUUCAUGAUUCCGCGCGAAGUGGAAGUGGUCAGCGAGUUGCCUAAGACCAGUACGGGAAAGAUCAGAAAGAAUGUGCUGCGGGAGUGGGUGAAAGGGUCGGACCGCAGCGCUGCAUAG